AUGGUGGUGGUGUUAGAGGACCCCAAGAUGCCCAACCUAAAACUUCUUGAGAAUCUUUCCUGCCAGGUUAAUGAUCUUGUAAAAUAUUCUAAAACUUGGAAAUGUUUAGAUCCCAAAUCCUAAUUGUAUUAUGCUGAACUCUUAGAACAAAAUAAUACACUCCACAAACUUCAAGCGACAGGUCUAAGACUCUUCCAUUGUUCCCAUUGUGUCCCCAAACUGGAACCAAUUCCUGAGUGACCCUCUCUGGCCUCUUGUGGGGUCCCAGCUUUUCAAAAGUCCCUUAAAAGUCACAACCAGCACACUAGACAUCAUGUUACUCUAAAUGGAAUACUGCAGUUCACCAAAAAGCUAAGCCUAGUACUGAGUAGAGCCAUUUCCAAACGUGGAUGUGUAAAUCAUUUCCCUGAUUCUUGUGUUUCUUGUUGCUGUGACUACCUCACAAAGGGAGUAAAGGAAACUGCCUGCACUGAACUUUUUGACACUAUUUCCUAAACUGAUCUCCAGAAGGCAGUUAACAAAAUUCUAACUGCUUCAUGA